AUGAGUACGAGUACUCAGCUAGCUACGCAGAGCACCGUGCCAUCGGUCAACUGCAAGAUACCCUUAGCAAAAUAUGAAUAUCCAGCCGAGACAAAGGAACAGCUGAAAUACGCGGACCUAGUCACUUUAGACCUGGGAGAGUUUGAUCUUCCUGGAGGCAAAGAAAAGCUAGCUCAACAGUUGAAAGAUAUCGCGCAUAAUAUCGGUUUCUUCUACGUCACCAAUAUCGGCCUCUCCCAAGGGCAAAUCGAUCAGCAAUUUGCUAUUGCCAAAGCCUUCUUCGCUCUUCCAGAAGAAGAGCGACUGAAAUACCGCGCACCACUGGAGGAGGGAAGUUACAAUGGCUACCGACCUCUCGGAGCAGUCGACAUCAAACCCGGAGUAAAAGAUGCACUGGAGUUCUACAGCAUCUUCAAAUGCAUCCCUGAAACCGAAAGGACCCAGCCUGAAAUCAUCCGCCAGUACUGGGACGACAUCGAGACUUUCUCCCGCCAUGUGCACGAGAAUAUUUCUUUCAAGCUGCUACGACUACUGGCCAUCAUGCUCGAACUGCCCGAGGAACACUUCCUGCAAUACCACCACUACGAGGAUGCCUGUGAUAGCUCUAUCCGCUACAUGUACUACCAUGCGCGCUCGAAGGCAGAACGUGAGGCGUGUCAGGAUAUGCACUUCAAUGGACACACGGAUAACGGAAGCAUGACUUUCAUGUUCCAGCAGCCGAUCUCCGCGUUGCAGGUACAGCCGAGCGGCGAGGAGUCGGAUUGGGAAUAUCUAUACGUGCCGACCGGGACAAUUGCAGUCAAUCUGGCUAAUGCUUUCAACUUUUUGACGAACGGGUAUAUGAAAUCGGGAUUCCAUCGCGUGAUCUCUCCGCCGGAGGAUCAAGCGCAUAAUGACCGGUUGGCGUUGCUGUACUUUUUGCGACCGACGGAGAAGUUGAUUCUGAAGACCUUGGAUACACCGUUCUUGCAGAGGGAAGGCUAUGGGAAGACGACAACUGAGAAUGAUUUGGAUAUUUCUUGGCAUGAGAAUUGGAGAGAUAAUGUCCGGAGCCGGGGGAUGCGGAAUUACAACAAAUGA